UCAAGAGAAACUAGUCUCAGAGCCGGAAGUGAGGUACCUUCGGGUUCCAGAUAGCGGUGGCGCUAAAAGCUGAGUGAUCCUGGUACCAUUGGAGACGCCCUGCUCCUCCAUUCAGGCUCCAUCCUGAGCUAGGAGAAGCCCCCAGAAUUCUGGCGACCUAUAGAAGAGAAUUGAGUCAGAUCGCAGCGUAUCCGGCGCACCACGAAAGAGCCGAAUCAGAGGGCCCCCGGAAACCCGCCUCCAGGAGGGGCCGGGAAGUCUCUCCAAGGUGGAAGAAGCCUGAAGGAACAGCCCUGGGGCGGAGACGGGGCCAUGGCCACGCCUCCGGGGGCCGGCCCCGCUACUUUGCGCUUCGCAGCGGCAGCCAGCUGGCAAGUAGUGCGCCGACGCAGUGUGGAGCACUUUCCGAGAGUACUAGAAUUUUUGGGAUCCCUGCGCGCUGCUGCUCCAGGCUUGGUUCGCUACCGGCACCAUGAACGCCUUUGUAUGGGCCUAAAGGCCAAGGUGGUGGUGGAACUGAUCCUUCAGGGCCGGCCUUGGCCCGAGGUCCUGAAUGCCCUGAAUCACCACUUCCCAGAAUCUGGACUUGUAGUGCGGGACCCUAAAGCUACAAAGCAGGAUCUGAGGAAGAUUUUGGAGGCACAGGAGACUUUUUGCCAGCAGGUGAAGCAGCUGUCAGAGGACCCUGUAGAUUUGGCUUCAAAGCUGCAGGAACUUAAACAAGAGUAUGGGGAACCCUUUCUGGAUGCCAUGGAAAAGCUGUUUUUUGAAUACAUGUGUCAGCUGGAAAAAGCACUGCCUUCAGUGCAGACACAGCAGCUUCAGGAUGUGCUGAGUUGGAUGCAGCCUGGAGUUUCUGUCACCUCUUCUGUUGCCUUGAGCCAAUAUGGAGUGGACAUGGGGUGGCCACUUCCAGAGUGCUCUGUUUCUGAUUCAGUGAACCUGACAGAGAUGGAACAAAAUCCUCCUCUGCAACAGGCACUAGCACCCCAUAGUCCUCUGCCAAAAGCCAAGCCUGGUCCUCAGGGACCAGCUUCAAGGAAGCACCCAGAACGUUUGGCAGGCCACCACUUCAAUUUGGCUCCUCUGGGCCAGCGAAGAACCCGGUCCCAAUGGACAUCUGCUAGGGAAGGCCAUAAGGAGCGCCCAAUGGUCAUGCUGUUCCCCUUUAGAAAUUUGGGCACACCAACCCAGGUCAUAUCUAAAUCUGACAGCAGGGAAGAGCACGGAAUUCAUACAGUAGACCCAUCAGAUGCUGUGGGCACAAGAACAGCCAUCAUGGGGAAAUCCAAGAGUCCAUUUCAGAUCCUGGGGGAAAGUGCUCUAAAGGAGAACCCUGCUGACUUAUCUGCCUCAGAGCAAAAAGAGAAUUGCUUGGAUUGCUAUAUUGACCCACUGAGACUAUCAUUAUCACCUCCUAGGGCCAAGAAUCCAGUGUGUUCCCCAUCUCUGUGCAGCUCUGUCAUUACCAUAGGAGACUUGGUUUUGGACUCUGAUGAGGAAGAAAAUAGUCAGAGAGAAGGAAAGGAGUCUCUGGAAAACUAUCAGAAGACAAAGUUUGACACUCUGAUUCCUACCUUCUGUGAAUAUCUCCCCACUUCUGGCCCCAAUAUGGUGCCCACUGCUUCCUGUGACCACCUAGGCAGCUCUAGACCCUUGUGAUAGCACUGGAAUGCCCUCUUCCUCCUCGGUCUUCAGGCAGUUUUAUGGGAAUGAAGUGGAAACCAGAUUUGGAUUGUCUGACUACAUUACUAAAAACUUUGUGAUGCUUGAUGAUUAAACUUUAGAUUCGUUACAAUACUGUCUUGAUGUGAGGAAGGACUUCUGUAGGUCAGUGGAUGUCAUUUUUUAGACAUAGAACCAGGUUUCUAGAGUUGGAAGAAUCCCUACCCUUUUACUUCCCUUAGAAAGUGUUAUUCAGAUGUGCCCAGAAGUUGAGAGCCUGGAAGAGAAAUGUCUUUUUAUUGUUCUGAAAAUAUAUGCCUAAUGCUGGAAUAUAUUUUAUAAACUCUCAUGCUGCCGAUUCA